UAAAAACAACCAAAACUUGUAUUUAAUAUUGAAUUAGUUUUAAUAUUCAAACUAUUUGUUGUGUUUUUCAUUGCAAUUAACGCUUCAUUUAAAGCAAAUAUUUAGCACUCAAUCCAAUUGGAUGUGAUUGUCGGCCAGCAAUGGAUCCGAUGGGUGACAAUCUCAACGCCAUUAACCAGAAAUUGUUGAACGAAUUGACUUUCGAGAGACAAUUGAAUCAAAUUCUUGAUGUCUUCAGAGAUUAUUCACUGCUUUUGAUAAACGGAUGCAAAUGUGAUAUAAAUCGAGAGAUUGUCCACAAAUUGAAUCAAUUGAGUGACGAUUACGCGUGUCUUAGAAGUGGUAAAGUCGAGGAACACAACGCCUCCAGUCUAUCGUCGGAUCCGGAGAUCGACGACAAGAGUGGCGAUACGUCCGAAGAAGUGUUUCGUCCGCAGAUUGAGUUGAAGGAAUCAACGGAUCCCUAUAUACCAGACAAUUGUCUCCUUACGUGCCAUCAAUGCCAACAACAGUUCGCAUCUGAACUCGAUUUACAGAUCCAUACGAAUAGUGUCCACAAAACGGAAGACGGACUCCAAUUGUAUACUUGCGAUGAAUGUCGCGAAGUGUUCACCAGUGAAGACAUGUUUGACGUCCACAUGAGAGACAAUCACGGCUUCGAUGAGACCAACACUACAGACAAUUCAGAAGAUGAUGGAGACAUCACUGACAAGAAUAAUGGUUCUUAUCUUUCGGAAAACUUAAGCCUUAAAAGUCUUCAAAGUGUGGAGAAAAUGCUGAAGAGUUGCAAGAAUUUGGAUUUACCGAAACGAUGGCCGAAGAGUUGCCAUUCAAAGAGUCACUCGACAAAUGCGACCAAAAACUAUACGAACGACUUUUUGCGUAAAUAUUUAGUGGAAAAUGUGCCAAAUUAUGGCCGUAUUGUCAAUAAGUUUCAAUGCAAUGAAUGCCAUAAACUGAUGCCAUCAGAGACUGCGUUAGAGAUCCAUUUAAAUAAAUACCAUAAGAAUCUGAAGCCAUUUGUAUGUGUGAUCUGUGCGGACGCUUUCUUCGCCAAUCUAUCGCUUCUCAACCAUUUGUCGCAAAAGCACAGAAUCUGUGCCUUUGAAUGCGAUUCCUGUGACUAUAAGACACGAACCAAACAUCACUUAAUCCAACAUAAAAUCUCGCAUUCGAUGGAUAAGCCAUUCAAGUGUCACUUCUUGGGCUGUAAUAAGUCAUUCAAACGGAAGUUCCGUUUAAUGAACCAUAAGAUCCUUCACUUCAAUCAAUUCAUGUGUCAGGAAUGCAAUGAAGACUUUAAAGACAACGCAACACUUCUCAGCCAUUUAUCACAUAAACACAAGCAAUCGGUGUUUGAAUGCAAUGCAUGCGAUUAUAAGACACGUAACAGACAUCACUUGAUCCGACACGAGAUCAUUCACUCGACAGACCGACCGUUUGUGUGCCGUUACGACGGCUGUAAUUUCACGUUCAAACGAAAGGAUUACUUAUUAAGACAUGAAAAACUGCACUAACAAUGAGUCCACACCUUUGAAUCUCAAUAUAGUUAUCAUUUGUAUUCAUUUAUUUAGCGCUUAAUCCAUAUAAUGAUUGAAAAAUUAUAAUAUAAAUUAUUUCAUACAUAAAGUAUUCAUAUUAACCGCUAAUCCAUUUAACAUUAAUUUUUUGUAUUAUAAAUAUAACCCACGAUUUAAAAACUCAAUUUAUUUACUACAUUAUAUAUUCUGAAUAUAAUUGUGUUUAUUAUUUAGCGAAAUGUAUGCCAAACAACCAAACAGUGUAUAACAGAAA